CCAGCGUGCCCACGCUGUAUACGCUGCCCGCCUGUUAGUCACGAGUCUACUGUAUAUAUAGGGUACGAUCCGCGGUUUAGUGUGCCUCAUAUUUAGAUGUUAACACACUGUGCUAAAUUUGGAUUUGUGCUGCCGAUAUGCUGCCAACUGGCCUGAAUCUGAUUAGUUCUGCCCGGAGGAUCAGGGUGGCUUCUACAUGCGUGGCAGUGAUGAAGUCUGCCAGAGCAACAGCCAAGGAACAUGGGGUGAGUGUGGGGAAGCUGCUGGCUCGAGUGCAGUUGACAGGUAUCACUGGAGGUGUCACAUCCACUGCCCUGGGUGCUAUCAGAGAGGGCGGAGCCAAGGCCAGGGUCAAAGCAGCAGCAGCUAUGAUCUCUGCUGUCACCACAGCCAAAGAGGGCAGGGCGAGGUUGGGGACCGUAAUGGAACGGCUGCAGUCAGAUGGUUCCUUCUCUGGCGUGGUCUCCGCCUCCAGGGGAGCUGUCAGGUUCUCGGCCGAUGAGGUCACAGCGAGGUACAGAGCAGCGGCUGCUACAGCAAGGGAGAGUGGUCUGAGAGCGGGAAAGCUGCUGGCCCAGCUGCAGUCCACUGCUCCUGUUAGUCUGUUCAGCCCUGGGAUGCCCCCAGUAGUCUCGAUGUUAGGGAGAAGCCUGGUCUUAGCAGCUGGAGCAGGCACUGCCAUCACUCUGGUACCAGUUGCCCUUGGUGCACUUGGGUUCUCCAGUGGUGGGAUCCUGACCGGAGCCAAAGCGGCAGCCGUGAUGUCAUCGAUGGCGUCUGCAAAUGGAGGUGGGGUCACAGUGGGAGGUCUUUUGGCACAGUUGCAGUCAACAGGAAUGGCUGCCGGAAUGACUCCAGCAAUCCCUUAUUUAGGAACUGGUCUAGUGCUGGUAACUGGAGCAGGUGUUGCUGUUGUCGUGGUGCCCAUUGUCUUGGGAGCGGUGGGGUUCACAUCAGGCGGGAUCCUGGCAGGGUCCAAAGCAGCGGCCAUGAUGUCUGCUGCAGCGGUGGCCAACGGAGGCGGGGUGGCAUCAGGGAGUCUGGUGGCAGUGCUGCAGUCCACUGGAGCAGCAGGCCUGUCCACCGCUGGAACAGUGGCCACCAGUGCUGUGGGAUCGACCCUUGGCUGGGCUAGCCUGGCUCUGUAUGACACAGUCAUGUCCCAGGCUCUGCUGUGAAGAUCCACCAACAGCCUCGAGCCUGCUGGGCUGGUGUCUCAGGAGGAGGAUUAACGGGAUCUUUCACUGUCUGAGUGGCUUUCCUGUGAGAGAGGGGAACGUGCAUGAAACCUCUUUGCUUUCUGUUUACCUAAUGUUGACUGCCUAAUAAUCAAGAUGGGUAUAAUAAAUGCAAAAAUAUUAUUUGCCAUUAUUUUGAACUCUCCAGGUCUGAGAUCAUUUUUGUCUGAUUUGGCACUACUUCAGUUUGCACAGAUUUGGCACCAGGAGAAAACAGAGGGGUGCACUUGCAAUCCAGGGGGGGCACAGAACAUCAUAUCUAAAAAU